UACUUUGACAUUUGAGGUGAAUGACCUCUUUGGGAAUCUUGAGGUAGACAACCUCACUUGAAAUUUUUGUUGAGAUGAAUUACUUCAUUUUGGAUUUUGAGAUAAAAGACCUCACUUGGGAUUUUUGUUAUUAAGGUAUGCUAGAGAAUGUUAGUCUAGGCUUGUAUGUUUGCUUUACUUUCUGCCAGUAGGAGUUAGUUAAGUUGUUUUGGUUAGUUAGUUAAUCUAACUAUCUAAAGUUAGUUCAGCUUAGUUAGUUUUGACUAGCUUGACUAGCUUAGUUAGAAAGAAUUGCAUUACAUUGAAUAGACCAAUUACAAUGGAAAAAUAUACACAAUAGAGCUGAGGGUUUGGCAUAUAGUUAGGUGUUGAAAAAUUAAAUACAAUAGAGCAUCCCAUGUUGCCUUUUUCCUGCUCCAAGUUAUGUCAAAAUGUUUUUGAAAGACAUUUUCAUUUUUUAUAGUUACACUGCUGGCUCAGCCUUGUUUCAAUUCUUCUCAUCAGUUUCUCAAGAGUGAAAGAAAAUGAGGCUUGUGGGACUCACAGGUGGAAUUUCCUCUGGCAAGAGCACUGUUUCAACUCUCUUCAAAGCUCAUGGCAUUCCGGUUGUUGAUGCUGAUGUUGUUGCUCGUGAUGUUCUUAAGAAGGGCACUGGUGGCUGGAAAAAGGUAGUUUCAGCAUUUGGAGAAGAAAUCUUACAACCAGAUGGAGAAGUAGAUCGGCCUAGACUUGGCCAGAUUGUAUUUUCUGAUCCGGGAAAGCGUCAACUUCUUAAUCGCCUACUAGCCCCUUAUAUAUCUUCAGGCAUAUUUUGGGAAAUUUUGAAGUUAUGGAUUAAGGGGUCUAAGGUGAUUGUUCUUGAUAUUCCUCUAUUGUUUGAAGCCAGGAUGGAUAAAUGGACAAAGCCAAUUAUAGUAGUAUGGGUUGACCCUGAAACACAGCUCCAUCGACUUAUGGCAAGAGAUGGUUCGAACGAGGAGGAUGCUCAGAAUAGGAUUAAUGCUCAAAUGUCACUAGAUUUGAAAAGAAAAAAAGCAGACAUAGUAAUUAAUAACACUGGAUCACUUGAUGAGUUGAAUGAAGAGUUUCAGAAAGUCUUGUGUGAGGUGACAAAGCCCCUGACAUGGACCGAAUUCGGUCUUUCAAGGCAAGGAGCCUUGUCUGUUCUCGCUUCCACUAUUGUUGGUGUUAUUUUUUGCAGAAAUAUUUUCAGUAACAGUUCAAGACUAUGACUUGGUGCUUAGGAUUUUAUUUCUUUAUUUAUUUUUCAAACCCAUAUAUCUGGUUGGUGUCGUGUUAGUUUGUAUGUUUGAGUUUCCAAACAGUUGUAUUUGUAAAAGAAUUCAAGAAAGUUUUGUCAUGUUCUCUCUACUUUGUGUUA